GUCGUCCCUGUGACCGGCUCGGCGGUUCUAUCAUUUGUCGCCAUGUUGUCGGUCGCCGCCCGCUCAGGCCCGUUUGCACCGGUCCUGUCGGCCACGUCCCGCGGGGUGGCGGGUGCGCUGCGGCCUCUGGUGCAGGCCGCAGUGCCCGCCACCCCGGAGCCGCCUGUGCUGGACGUGAAGCGACCCUUCCUGUGCCGGGAGUCGCUGAGUGGCCAGGCCGUGGGCCGGCCUUUGGUCGCCUGCGUGGGCCUCAAUGUACCUGCUUCUGUUCGUUAUUCCCACACGGAUGUCAAAGUGCCUGAUUUCUCUGACUAUCGUCGCUCUGAAGUGUUAGAUAGCACAAAGUCUUCAAAAGAGAGCAGCGAGGCUAGAAAAGGUUUCUCCUAUUUGGUGACUGCAACAGCUACUGUGGGUGUUGCAUAUGCUGCCAAGAAUGUUGUCUCCCAGUUUGUUUCCAGCAUGAGUGCUUCUGCUGAUGUAUUGGCCAUGUCGAAAAUUGAAAUCAAGUUGUCUGAUAUUCCAGAAGGCAAGAACAUGGCUUUCAAAUGGAGAGGCAAACCCCUGUUUGUGCGCCACAGAACCCAGAAGGAGAUUGACCAGGAAGCUGCUGUUGAAAUGUCCCAGUUGCGGGACCCACAGCAUGAUUUGGAUCGAGUAAAGAAACCUGAAUGGGUUAUCCUGAUAGGUGUUUGUACUCAUCUUGGUUGUGUACCCAUUGCAAAUGCAGGAGAUUUUGGUGGUUAUUACUGCCCUUGCCAUGGGUCACACUAUGAUGCAUCAGGCAGGAUCAGGAAGGGGCCUGCGCCUCUCAACCUUGAAGUUCCCUCAUAUGAGUUCACCAGUGAUGAUCUAGUGAUUGUUGGUUAGAGACUUUGAACUAAAGUUCUAGGCUGCUUUCAUUUUUCAUGUCACCUCAGAAGAGUUGAGGGCAAGCCUCCUGUACUUCUAAGUUGGUUGAUUUGAAAUAUUUAAGGAUUGUUAAUAAUGUACUUGCAAAUGUGAAGUAAAUUGAAUCUAAUGUUGAGUACUUACAAGCAUUCACUUAAUAAAGCUACUGUUAAACAUUGUUAA